AUGACGACAAUCCGACGGCUCGAGGAGUCCAGCGCUGAUGCCAAAAAUGACGGGAGUACCGAUUCAAGUAUAAUCAUUUUGGAGAACACAUACGAGUUCUGCGGAUACAAUUUGAGGAUCUCACGAUUCAUCAAUGCUAAUCUUGGCUAUUCUGCAUAUGUCUGGGAAGCGGGGAUUUUUCUUUGCCGGUAUUUUGAGAAAGAGAGCAUCAACUUUAUUGGGAAGAAGGUGAUUGAGCUGGGAUCAGGCACUGGAAUUGUGGGGAUUUUAACCACUCUACUUGGUGGAGAUGUCACCUUGACAGAUAAACCGAACAUCCUGAAGCAAAUAGAAAAUAAUGUCUCAAUCAACGUGCCCCCUCCCUGCAGGCACCGUGUAAAGACCCGUCCCCUGAUUUGGGGUGAAGAGCAGACUAACUUUCCUACUGGCUACGACUUCAUCCUGGGUUCGGAUAUUGUAUAUAGCUCAGCUGCCUACCCGGCUCUAAUCGAAACAUUGCGCUAUCUCGGCAGGCAAGGGGCCACAAUUUACCUCUCUUCAGAAAUACGAAACAAGAGUCGCUCCCCCUCUUUCCACGAUGAUUUUCUACCUCAGUAUUUUAAUUGCCAGAUUGUUGACAGGGAAGACGACAAAGAUAUUAUUCUGUACAAAAUGACCAAAAUUGAUAAAAGUCCUAGGGAUAGGCUUCUAACUGAAAACAAUUGA